UCCCGACGAUUCCUCCAUCCCGACUACCUACCCGACGACGUCGAUCUAUCCGUGCCUCUCGACGACUACCUACCCGCCAUUGUUCCACGACGGGCCCUGCAAGAGCACCACUGAGAGGCGAAUCAGGCGAUAGCUCCAGCGUCGACGCCGACGAUUCCUCCAUCCCGACUCCCGAUCUGUUCUUGCGAGGGUACUCCCGACAUCCCGACUCCAGCGCCGACGAUUCCUCUGUUGGGAAAAAGAAGAUAUUAUCUGCAAAAUGAAAUCAAAAAGCUCGCAGGGAAAACGAGCUCAAGCAUCGGUAUCUAGUGAGAAAUAUGAGAAGUAUUGGGGAGAUGUUGACAAGAUGAACAAGUUGUUGUACAUUGCUGCCGUUUUAGAUCCACGGCGAAAGUUGCGCUUUAUUGGUUUCGCUCUCAAGUGGAUGUAUGAUGAUGAGAAAUCGGCUAGUGAUUUGACAAGUGAUGUUGAGGAUGCUACUUAUGAGUUGUAUGCUCAUUAUGAGAAUCAAGUAGGUGAAGCUUCAUCCUCCUCUCAAUCAGAACUAGAUGAAGAUGGUGGAAACGUGGAUCUAAUUGCGGAGUAUAUGAAGCAAUUGCAAAAAGAAAGAGGUGUAGUCAACAAAACUGAGUUGGAUAGGUAUUUGAACGAGGAAGUCGAAAGAUCAAUGGAUCCCAAAUUUGAUGUGCUAGGCUGGUGGAAAGUAAACAGCCACAGGUUUCCAACUUUGUCUAAGAUGGCAAGGGAUGUAUUGGCUAUCCCUAUUUCUACAGUUUCGUCUGAAGCGGCUUUUAGCACUGGAGGGAGAGUACUGAAUGAUUUUAGGAGUUCUUUGACUCCUAAGAUUGUGGAGGCCCUUAUUUGUACUCAGGAUUGGCUCCGCGCAGACUCUAGUCCAUGUGUAGUUGAAGAAGAUUCAGAGGAGAUCGACAAUAUUGAUGAAGAGUUGAGCAUGGUGUUGAAGGCUAUUAACAUAUCUGAUGUUCCACUUCCUUUUACCAAUACCCCUCGUACGAGUCCUAUUAUACAGGCAAACGCAAACACGUCAGGUGGUAUGGGGUUAUAAGGAUCCGUUUGCAGCCAUGGGAUUGCUUGAGAGUUGCCCGAAUCUGAAGUCCUUCAUUUCUUAAAACAGGAUGCUGUAGGAUGAUGGCCACUAGCUAGUGCUUCUGACUUUGUUUUAUUUAGAGUAAUUUGUGUUUGAAGUUCAUGUUGUGUGUGGAAG